AUGGAAGCCGAUCAGCUGAAGUUACCAGAAAAAGACAUGGGCGACGCCACGGUGCGCCGUCCGGCCAGUCGCGCCUCGUCAAUCAGUUCUCGCUCAGUCCACUCAACACGCUCGUUGCUCUCCACCGACCUUACUCAUGUCGUCGAGAACGGCCGGACGUAUCCGAACGAAACCUACUACAUGCCGUGCGACGGACUCGAGCAGACGCGCCUCGAGAUCCUGCAUCGCCUCUACCUGACCGCCCUCGACGGCGCCCUCACCACCGCCCCUCUUCCGCCCGGGCUCCAGCGCGUGCUCGAUGUUGGCACCGGCCCAGGCGAAUGGGCCUCGCAAAUGGCCGAGCAGUUCCCAGAUGCCGAGAUCGUCGCCGUCGACCUGGCAGUGUGGGAGCUGCCUGCCCGCGAAGCCUCGGACGACGACUCGUCCUGCGACGAGAUCGACCCAAGGGCCAAUAUAGUUUGGGAGAUCGACGACCUCGAGCCUUAUAGCCAACCUCAUAGCCCCGUGAAUCCCGCGUCCCCGCCGGAACUGGCCCAGGUAACGGCGGACGUCGAAGGGCUCACCAUCGACCAGGGCUAUGCCAGCGGCAGCACCACGGCCGAGGGUGGUGCUGGCGGCGACGACGCUGACGGUGAAAAUAAACCACCAUCAUCUAAAGGAUCUCACCGCUCCCCUCCCCGCUCGCCAUCCCCUCACCACCAAGAACAGCAGCAGCCCCACCCAAAACUGUUAGGCGCGGACCUGACCGUCGACGAUGGCUGGAACUUCUCCGAGCCCUUCGACUUCGUGCACAUGCGCGACCUCAAAGGCGCGUUCCGCGACUGGCGCGCCGUCUACCGCGAGGCCUUUGUCAGCCUGGCGCCGGGCGGCCUGCUCGAAGUCGUCGAGAUCUUUCCGGACCUAUCCACCUUCGCCGCAUCGUUUCCGUCCCCUUCCAAAUCCUCCAAGGCCUCCUCCUCCCAACAGCAGUCCAAACCCUCGGCCAUCAAAGAAAUCGUCGACGCCACCGUCGCCGCCGCCGAGGCGUCCGGCCGCCCCCUGUCGCUCGACCACCUCGACGAGCAGCUCUUCAUCGAUGCUGGCUUCUGCGACGUGCAGCGCCACUGCGUCGACGUCCCCAUGGGACCCUGGCCAGACGAUCCGCGCCUGUCAUCCAUGGGCAAGAUGUGGCUGGUCUGCUGCGCCGAGGGCCUCGAGGCGGGCUGCCUCCGGUUACUGACCAGGUAUUCGGGGUGGGAUGCGGAAGAUGUGAAGCGAAAGGCGAGGGAGGCGCGGAGGGAGAUGUUGGAGGGGAGGUGCGGGGGUGUGGUGACGAAGUUGUGGUUUGUCACGGCGAGGAAGGCGAAGAGGAGGGCGAGGUAA